CGCUCAUACAUACAUACACUUCCUUACCGGCAAACAAACGGACGCACCUGAGCCUGCAUGCUUAGGACACUGGAAAAAAAAUAAAACAAAAAAAAAAACAACUGUCAAAGUUUUGCCGCCAGAACUUAAGUUUAAAUUUCGAAUCAGUGUUCUAUCAUCUAUUAUCAAAUAGAGAUCUCUCUCAGACCUUCUGAAUAGAGAAACUUUGAGAAGAGGACUUCAAAGCAAAAUCUUCAACACAAUCCCAGAAGACUCUAGUUCGAAAAUGUUCAGUGCAAAAAUAAGUCAAAGAUUGGUGGUGGUGUACCUCUGCAUAGCAUCAGUGUUUAGUGCUCCGAUGCAGCUGCCAUUCCUGCCGAUGCAGUAUGGGAUGAAUUCCCAGCUCCCAUUCUUGAGGCAGAUGACUCCGAAUUUGCAGUCACCGGCGCUGUUUCCACAGCAGCAGCCAUUGGUAAUAGUCCUACCAAACGCGACUCCCAACGCGGAGGCAGACGACAGAUACGUCAACCUAAACGAACAAUUAGCAGCUAACCUUAAAAGCGCAGGACAUGUAGAUGAGAAUAAGGAUGCUGUAGUCAUCGAUGCCAAUGACCCUAAAGCACCAGAAAUGCAUACGAAAAACGCAGUAGUCUAUCUUCCCAAUGAAGGAAGAUACUCUAUUGGACAAAUUAUCUCUUACAUUCCAUUCCUGCCGAUUGAAAUUAAUGUACCAGACACGAUCUCUUGGAUCACUCAUCUGCUAACUGGAGGAAUAUUCAGACCAGGACCAGCACAGGCGCCUGUAGGUACAAAGACUCUUCCCAACAAACCUCAAGUCCCAUUAAUAGUGAUGCCCUACCCUGGUCUCUUGCCGAAUUUGAAUCAAUAAGUGACUACUGUUAUCUGGGAGCUAGGAAGACUGAUUGUUGUUUAUAAA